CCACUGAAUUGGCUUCAAAGGGACAGGGUGUGUCAGACAGCAGUAAUGUUAAAAUUAAAGGAGAAGCAAAUGAUUCCUUCCAAACUGAUAUUAAAGUUCGUUGUCCUUGUGGAAGCUCAUUGGAGACUGACAACAUUAUCAGGUGCGAGGAUCCAAGAUGUCAUGUAUGACAACAUUUUGGUUGUGUUAUAAUUCCAGAGAAGCUUAUGGAAGGAAAUCCGGCAGUUCCUGAUUUCUUUUAUUGUGAGAUUUGUCGACUGAGCCGAGCUGAUCCUUUUUGGCUUACUAUUGCACAUCCUUUGUAUCCAGUGAAGUUGGCUGUUACGAAUGUCCCUACUGAUGGUACAAAUCCAAUGCAAAGUGUGGAGAAAACAUUUCAAAUCACCAGAGCAGACAAGCUGACAAAACAAGAGUAUGAUGUCCAGGUAGGGUGCUUGCUUCUGAAUGACAAAGUCUCUUUCAGGAUGCAGUGGCCUCAAUAUGCAGAUUUGCAAGUCAAUGGUGUUCCUGUUCGUGCUAUUAACAGACCUGGCUCCCAAUUGCUGGGGGCUAAUGGCCGUGAUGAUGGUCCAAUUAUAACUCCUUGUACUAAAGAUGGAACUAAUAAGAUAACUUUGACUGGGUGUGAUGCUCGUGUGUUCUGUUUUGGAGUUAGGCUCGUGAAAAGGCGAUCUCUUCAACAGAUACUCAACAUGAUUCCCAAGGAGAAUGAUGGUGAAUGUUUGGAAGAUGCUCUCUCUCGUGUUCGUCGUUGUGUUGGUGGUGGAAAUGCAACAGACAAUGGUGAUAGCGACAGUGACCUAGAAGUUGUUGCAGAGUUUUUUGGAGUCAACCUACGGUGCCCUAUGAGUGGCUUUAGAAUGAAGGUGGCUGGAAGGUUUAAGCCCUGUGUUCACAUGGGUUGUUUUGAUCUUGAAGUUUUUGUGGAGCUUAACCAACGUUCUAGGAAGUGGCAGUGCCCAAUUUGCCUGAAGAACUACUCAAUGGAGAAUGUUAUAAUUGAUCCUUAUUUUAAUCGCAUCACAUCCAAGAUGAGAAAUUGUGGAGAAGAUAUUGCAGAGAUUGAGGUCAAGCCUGAUGGUUCUUGGCGUGCAAAGGCUAAAAGUGAAAAUGAGCGUAGAAAGCUUGGUGAUCUUGCACGGUGGCAUUCUCCUGAUGGUACCCUAUAUGAAUCUGGCAGUUUGGAGGAUAAGCCAAAAGCUAAAACUUUGAAACAGAUCAAACUUGAAGGUAGUACGGAAGGGCAUACAGGUUUGAAACUUGGAACCCAGAAGAAUCGCAAUGGGUACUGGCAUGUUAGCAAGCCUGAAGAUGUAAACACCUCAUCUGCUAGUAGAUUACAUGAAAGGCUUGAACAUCUUUACUAGAAUCUUAUCCCAACAAGUAGCAGUGCUACAGGAAGUGGUAAGGAUGGUGAGGAUCCCAGUGUAAAUCAGGAUGC